CAAAAUAAAAAUAUUAAUUAUUAGGCAAAUUCUAUUGGAGGAGUAUUUUAAUUUUUUUAAUAAAAAUUAUUGACGGUUUGUAUAUAAAUGGAGAUGGAGUAAUAGAUUUGUUUAUUGUUGUGCGUAAUAUUUUUGAGAGGCUCACUCACAAGUUAAAGAAUCCUAACUGACAACUCCGCUUCUCUCUCAAGAAUCCAACUUUCAUACUUCUAUUUUCCAUUCAUAAAUUUCAAUCUUUUUACUUUUUCUCCUUCAAUUUCCCUGCUUCAUAAUGUGGGAGAUUAUUUUCAAUAUGAAUAAUAUCACAAUUAUCUUUCUGGGUUUAUGAUAAAUUUUCGAUCUUUUUAAUUCUUCUCCUUCAAUUUUUAUAAAUCCAACAAAAAUUUCAAUUUAAUUCAAUAAAUUUUUGAAGAAUGAGCGUAAUAUUGUGGGAAAAGCUGCAGAAAAAGGAGAAGAAAGAAGAAUUAAAACAGGAAGAUGAUGUCUUGAUUCCUCCUAGUAAUUUUUCAAUGGUGGAAGAAGGACUGUACAGAUCUGGGUUUCCAGAACCUUCCAAUUUUGGGUUCUUGGAAACCCUAAAUCUCAAGUCUAUCAUUUAUUUGUGCACUGAACAAUACCCAGAACAGCAUAAACAGUUUCUUGAUUCUCAUAAUAUUCAGCUGUUUCAAUUUGGAAUUGUGGGGACAAAGGAGACAAUCCCUGAGGAUGUCAUCUCUAAGGCUCUUAGGAUUUUGAUAGAUGUGAGAAAUUAUCCGAUUCUAAUUCAUUGCAAACGUGGAAAGCAUCGCACAGGUUGCCUCGUUGGCUGUCUUAGAAGACUACAGAACUGGUGUUUGCCCUCGGUCUUUGAGGAAUACCAGCGUUUUGCAGGUGUCAAAGCAAGAGCAAAUGACAUGAAGUUCAUGGAGAGGUAUGAUCUUUUGCACAUAAGACGAUCCCUUUACAGCCUCAUCUACCAAUAUCAUGGUUAUGGUUCAACCAAAAGGCGUUUGCUCGACAGAGGAGAAGACAACCUGCCCAAACCCGGUAUUAAAUCAAGUUAGCCCAAUGAGACCACCUGCUUGCCGAAACUUUCACCUUACUGCUUUUUUUCUUUUCUUUUAUACUAUAAAUGGGAAGGUUUUGUUUUAGCUUAAUUGAGGCAAAGAAACAGACGAUUGCCAUUAUCAUUUUGAAAAGAAAAAUAAUUGCUAUAUACAUAUUAUUGAGUCAAUAAUAUUUUCCAUCAGUCAUUUUUUUCAA